AUGGCAUACAACACCCGCACACUCUCUCCAGGAGGGAGGCGGAUACAAAACGCGGGGAGAACAUCCGACAGCAGAGUGAACGAGGAGGAAUACCGUUCAAGAUACAAGUCGAAUGUCUCACCGCGGGGCAGCGCUGGCGUCAUCCCAAUCUCAAGUGAGACAUUCGUCAACUAUCCCCCUCCCUCUUCCACCACUCGCCUCGACCCGCGUUACGAUUCCUACUCCGGCAGGUCCGUCGACUCCUACUCCUCCAGACCCCGCGGCUCCUCCUUUGUCGAAGUCCCCCGAACAUCCGCCGCCAGCACUAUCCAAGCCUCGAGUCGCGGAAGACCCACUGUCAUCCAAAACGAGUAUGCGCGGCAGACCAGCCCGCAGAAGAGGGAGUACCAUGUCACCACUGCCGCGUCCAAAGAGCCUCCACGCAAGGAGACUACUCGCAAGGUGUACAGCGUCAACGACGGUACGGCCAACUUGGUGGCUGAUGUGAAUCUGUCGAGCGGUGCAGGAAGAGACCGACAUCACCAACGCAGGGAGAGCGGGGGAUAUGAACGCAGUGGGAACAAAGGCAUCCCGUUGGAAAAGGAUCGUGGCAGGAAAGCAUAUCAUCUGAACGGAGCUGCACGGGGGAGAGAGAACAGCGUGGUCGACGACGACUCCUUCUCCUAUACGGAUGCCGCGGGAAUGUUCAAAGAAACGGAGCCGAGAUGGCGCGAGCGUGAGGCCAGGCCUCGUCGCAACAGCAUCGACCGAGCGGGAGGAGGGAGUCGAGAGCGGCCAGUCAGCAUGCUGGAUCCCGCCAUUGACCCUCGCCGCCCGACCAGGGACCCGGGACCCCCUGUGAGCACCCGAGGCUGGGACAAGAUAAAGAACGUCCUCACACGCUCGGGCAGCCAGCGCGAUAAGCGCACGCAGUCGCCACCCACCAGAGCAAAGGAGCAGUACUCCCCGAUCGAAGCCCGCCUCCCCCAGUCUCCCGUGCGAGGGAGGUACGCGGAUACGAGAGGCUUCGCCGAUGCGUACUAUGUCGCCCCCAGAGUGCCAUCCAAAGACCGCUACACGACUGCUGGCACCGCCCACCCCGAUCGGCAUGACCAAUUCGAGUUUCGGGAGCCACGCCCGCACGAACGCAGGAAUAGCAUGACCCGACUGCCCGACCGCAGCGUGGAGAGGCGAGGCUUUGGCAUCCGGGGUGACAGCCAAGAUCGUCAUGGCCGGGGCAGCGACGAGAGCUUCACACGAGACAACAACAAUCAUCGCGAUUCGGGUUAUGCAAACCUCAUUUCCAGCGUGGACCCACCCCAUCGCCGCGACACUGCGCCAGAAACCACCUACCAUGAACACGAAAAGCGAGAUCGACAGAGAGCAGAUGACCGCGAUUACCCACGAGAGCGCGACAAGGAGGCUCGACGACGAGAUGAUGCCUACGCCCGCGAUGACGACUAUGAGCGGGAUCGCCGAAAGGAACGUGAGCGCGACAGCGACUAUGAAGUCGACAAGCAACGAGAGCGUGAAAGAGAGCGAAUGCUGCAGCCUCAUGCCGAGAGAGAUAGACACCAUCACAGACGGGACAGCUAUCGUGACAACCGCAACGCCGGCUACGACCGCAAAGACACCGCCCCUCCAGGAGGACGGGACUCGGGCGACUCUCUCGGCCCAUCUGCCGCUGUCGCCGGUGGUGUGGCUGCUGGUGCAGCUGCUGCUUACGGAUUAACGAAUCACAACAAGAACCACAAUGACGAUCACGCACGGGAGCAGCGCACACGCGUUCGCGAACCUUCCGUCGACAAAUCAAACCAGGAUGAUCGCGCGAGGGCCGCUCCCAAAGGUUCCCAGGACAGCAAGAGCGAAGAGGGGGCCGGGAGUCUCAAGCGUGAGCGUGAGCGUGAGCGCGACCGAGACCGCCACCGACCCGCAGAUGACGAGCGCGGGUUGGGGUUCGCCUUUGAACAGGACCAUCCCGACCCCUCUGCUCCUCGUCCUGUAGCCGUCGGCGACCCCACCGAGCGCGACUUCGAACGCACGCACGAUGACAGAGCGUACGCUGAGCCAUCGCGACCUCCGGCCGUAGAUGCGGACGAAGAAUACAAACGCCGCCUGGAGCAGGUCCAGCGCGAACUCGGGCACAACUCCGACGACUACCCCACCGACUCCGACGCUGACCGCGAACGGCGGCGGAGAGAACGCGAAGCGCGACAACGCGACCGCGACCGCGAACAUCGCACCGGUGAUGGCUCCUACUCCUCUGACGCUUCCUACGCCCAGCACCACCACCACCAGCAACCGCCCACAUCCGCAGACAGCAGUUUCGACAAUAACAGCGUAGACGGCUCAGUCAGCACCGUGCGCCCGGGUCUGCACCGCAAACCCAGCAUCCUUGAUGCACCUAUGGCAGCCAACGACGCCGGCGCGCAAAUCAUCGACAACUCCUUGUCCGAGAAGCGAGAGAAUCGAGUGCGAAUCGUCGAUCCGCCGGCGGGAGAAGGGGAGGACGAUAGCAGACGGCCGCGAGGGAUUCUAAAGAAGCCGACGGAGAAGUUCCCCGAGCAUCCUAACCAGGUGCGGGAGGGAGUUGCGCCGUUGAAAGAUGCAUCCAAAUCCGGCAUCCCGCCCGGAGCCCGCUGGACCAAGAUCGACCGCCGCCUCGUCAACCCCGAAGCGCUGGAAGAGGCGAAGGAGCGCUUCGAGGAGCGCCUCGAUUUCGUCAUUGUGUUGCGCGUACUGACCAAAGCGGAGAUUCAAAAGUUGGCCGAUCGCACAAAGGAGCUUCGAGACGAACGGUACGAAGACGAACGCUCGGAACGGCGCGCAGCCGCCGCGCGUCGCCGUGAACGCAGAGCGCGAGACGAGUACGAAGACGAAGACAGCGAGGACGAGUUCAAGCCGCGCGCGCCCAAGUUGCUCGAGGCGCCUUCGUCGUCCUCUGCUGCUGCUGCUGGGGCCGCGCCGUCUGCUUCUUCGUCGGCCGCUUACGGCGCGGGGGGGAAUGGCGAGGCGUUUGCGCCUGCGUCAUCGGCGAGUGUGGCGUCUAAUACUGCGGCUAAUGCUGCGGCUGUGAAUGGUGUGGGGGAUUGA